CUCCCUAGGAUAUAUACCCCACCAGUCCCUCAGCCUCUCCCUUUUCCUGCUGGAACCAGAAUGAAAGAGACGUACAGAGAUAAAGACACCAAGAUAUCACCGACCAAGAAUAUCACUGAACAUAACAUGGCGUCCGGACCCUCUGAAAAGGUUAAAGACUCAUCUGCUUUAGUGACACAAAUCAGCAGCAACAAAUACAGGGUUGAAGUGGAGUCAAUGUUCCAUUGCCGACAAACCGGGAUAAAGUUUGAAGUGGAAUCCAAGGCGAUUAUUGAAUAUUCACUGGAGUAUGGGAAUGACUACUUCAACCUGAUCCAGGAAAACGGAUGUGAAUUACUGGGUCCCAUAUUCAAUGUACAGGUCAAAGAUGGCCGGGUGUCAGCCGUCUACCUACCACAUUAUGUAUGUCUAGAAGGUUUUAGAAGAGACAAAUCAUUGAUUAAAUUUGGUCACUUCAAAGAUGGGAAACUUACAUUGAAAAUCCCAACUGAAACUGAACCGUCCUAUGUCGUACAGAAAGAUCCGGAGUUUUCCUGCGUUGCUGCUGUUGGGGAAAAUUUUACCUCUAUUUGGAGAAGGAAGAAGACAUUUUCAUUAAAUGGGUCGGUUCUCUUAUACUUCCGGGUAGUUGGUGCUGACAAGAAUAAAAUUAAAGAGUACAGAAUUCACCUCUACCUGGUUCCUACUAACAGACCACAUUUGGAGAAACUCGACGACAUGAAGAAAACGCAUGGGUUUAAUCGGGUUGAUAAACCUUCCCUAACCAGCAGUGUAUACACCAAGACAAACUACAUCAUCACUGGAGAACCAAGUCCAAAUAUAUGGCCCGAGAGCCUGAAGUUCAUGGUUCAUACAGAGAUCGAACACUGUCCUUUCACAGAGAUCAACAUCCCAAACAGUGCAGAGCAGAUCUUACUUCAUGUAAGGGUCAAAAGCAGCUCAGAGACGGAACCUGUGUGGACGGGACGGCUGACAAGAGCAGAUGUUGAAGAGCUGUCAGGACAAGACACAGAGAGAGGAAAUUCUCCCGAGCAUUUCCUGGAUAAAUAUCGUUCACAACUUAUAGAAAGCGUGGAUAAUGUAAAGCCUGUUCUAGAUAAACUCACGGAGCAGAAGCUUCUAGAAGGACAGCAGUACAAUAACAUCACAUGUCACCCAACGACUGAAGAAAUGAUGAGGGGGUUCCUCAGAAUUGUGGAGCAUUACGGUCGUGAAGACAAAGAUAAGGUCUAUAAGAUUCUGAAGGCCUACAACAAAUCAGUCAUCAAAAGGAUAGAAAGAGGGAACUGAGACCACCACCACAUUCCACCGAUGAGCCAUGGAUAUGAGUGGACAUGUUGUCUCCGUAGACUGGCGUUUGAUUGACUUUCCAUUCAGCGGACAUCGAUUUUAUGUGUUCUAUCCUGAGAUUGUUAUAUCUAAUACAUCACGUAUAAGAAGAUCCAACCUUAUAAAGCCCAUGUCCACCUCCACACACUACAUAUAGAAUUAACCUCCACAUCACACAGAGCAUGCCUCCAUAUUGAGUGGUGGGUGGACAGGUGGAAGUCUCCCCCCGGUAGCUGGAGCCCCCGAGAUCCACGGCAGAAUCCCAACAUAUGAAUUAUGGAAUAAGCUUUGUGGAGUAACGUCUGAUUCAUAAUUCUAGUAAAGUGUGGUGGCUCAGUAUAGGGCACAGCUGGGGUGACACGUGGUCCCUAUAGGUGACACUUUGUAUCUAAUGAUUUCUAGUAAAGGGUGGUGGCUCAGUAUAGGACACAGCUGGGGGGACACAUGGUCUCUAUAGGUGACACUUUGUAUCUAAUGAUUUCUAGUAAAGGGUGGUGACUCAGUAUAGGGCACAGCUGGGGGGGACACGUGGUCUCUAUAGGUGACACUUUGUAUCUAAUGAUUUCUAGUAAAGGGUGGUGGCUCAGUAUAGGGCACAGCUGGGGGUGACACGUGGUCUCUAUGGGUGACACGUUCUAUCUCAUGAUUUCUAGUAAAGGGUAGUGGCUCAGUAUAGGGCACAGCUGGGGGGGGACACGUGGUCCCUAUAGGUGACACUUUGUAUCUAAUGAUUUCUAGUAAAGGGUGGUGGCUCAGUAUAGGACACAGCUGGGGGGACACAUGGUCUCUAUAGGUGACACUUUGUAUCUAAUGAUUUCUAGUAAAGGGUGGUGGCUCAGUAUAGGACACAGCUGGGGGGACACGUGGUCUCUAUAGGUGACACUUUGUAUCUAAUGAUUUCUAGUAAAGGGUGGUGGCUCAGUAUAGGGCACAGCUGGGGGGACACGUGGUCCCUAUAGGUGACACUUUGUAUCUAAUGAUUUCUAGUAAAGGGCCGUGGCUCAGUAUAGGGCACAGCUGGGGGGACACGUGGUCUCUAUAGGUGACACUUUGUAUCUAAUGAUUUCUAGUAAAGGGUGGUGGCUCAGUAUAGGGCACAGCUGGGGGGACACGUGGUCUCUAUAGGUGACACUUUGUAUCUAAUGAUUUCUAGUAAAGGGUGGUGGCUCAGUAUAGGGCACAGCUGGGGGUGACACGUGGUCUCUAUGGGUGACACGUUCUAUCUCAUGAUUUCUAGUAAAGGGUAGUGGCUCAGUAUAGGGCACAGCUGGGGGGGACACGUGGUCCCUAUAGGUGACACUUUGUAUCUAAUGAUUUCUAGUAAAGGGUGGUGGCUCAGUAUAGGACACAGCUGGGGGGACACAUGGUCUCUAUAGGUGACACUUUGUAUCUAAUGAUUUCUAGUAAAGGGUGGUGGCUCAGUAUAGGACACAGCUGGGGGGACACGUGGUCUCUAUAGGUGACACUUUGUAUCUAAUGAUUUCUAGUAAAGGGUGGUGGCUCAGUAUAGGGCACAGCUGGGGGGACACGUGGUCCCUAUAGGUGACACUUUGUAUCUAAUGAUUUCUAGUAAAGGGUGGUGGCUCAGUAUAGGGCACAGCUGGGGGGACACGUGGUCUCUAUAGGUGACACUUUGUAUCUAAUGAUUUCUAGUAAAGGGUGGUGGCUCAGUAUAGGGCACAGCUGGGGGGACACGUGGUCCCUAUAGGUGACACUUUGUAUCUAAUGAUUUCUAGUAAAGGGUGGUGGCUCAGUAUAGGACACAGCUGGGGGGACACGUGGUCUCUAUAGGUGACACUUUGUAUCUAAUGAUUUCUAGUAAAGGGUGGUGGCUCAGUAUAGGGCACAGCUGGGGGGACACGUGGUCUCUAUAGGUGACACGUUCUAUCUAAUGAUUUCUAGUAAAGGGUCUCAUUAAUCUGCUUAUCGCUCUGUAUAUCUGGAUCUGAGGAAAUUGUAUAUAAUCUGCUUCUAUAAUCUGAUGUAUUUAACCUAAAAUAUUAGGAAAUGAGGAUAAAAUGUGACGGGUGCGGGAUUUACUGUCGCUGUGCGUUAUUAUGUGGCUCCUGUUCUCUGGAUGACGUGUGGGUUACAAUAAAUCAAUUGUGUUUUACAGGUUUUUCAUUAUUCUUUACGAUUCUUAACCUGCAGUUCUAAGAGCGAGUGGACAGAUAAGGCCUCAUUUAGACGGUUGUAGUGUUUUGCGGAUCCGCAAUUUAAGGACCGCACAUGA